CAUAGAAAAUUCAUUGCUAGUUAACGAUUUAACCACACUUUUAGGAAAAUUUAUAUCAAAAAUUUUCAAAAUAAAUCAAAAUGCUAGGAAUUUAUAGAAAUAGAUUAUUACGCACUAUCUUCAAACAUCCCUUCAGUACAAUAACUGAAGCAGCUAAACUAAGUGAAACUCCUCAACCAGAACUGGAUAAGCUAUAUAAAACGGUAGAAGUCGAACUUCGUGGGAAUGACCCUGCUGUACUGAAUAGUUAUGUUAAAUUUGCAAAAACAACAGGAAACUAUUUGAAUGUGGAAUCACAAUCGUGGAGUUUACGUAAACCAACACAUACAAGAUAUACAGUUUUAAAGUCUGUACAUAUUUAUAAGAAGCAUAGGGUUCAAUACGAAUUUAGGACUUAUUAUAGUUUUAUAAGCUACAAACACUUGACCGAAUCUACUGCUUCUACCUUAUUAGAAUAUAUUCAGAGAAAUCUUCCCGAAGGUGUAGCUUUGAAAGCAACCAUGAUAGAGCUGCAAAAACUACCAGAGCAUAUAGUAAAUGAAAGCCAAAAACAAAUUGAGUCAAACGUUUGAAAUGUAUUUAUUGAAUUUUAAUAUAACUUUGAGUAAAUA